ACUAAAAAAGAAGACGAUGAAACCCAAUCAGAUCUAAAGAAAAGAAAGUUACAAUGUAUCUUUUGUCAAAAUAGUCAUUAUAAUGACCAGUGUACUGAAUAUAAAACUGUUGAAGACAGAAAGAAACGAUUAAAGGGUCACUGUUUCUGUUGUUUAUGGAAAGGACAUAAACAAGCUAAUUGUCGAAAAGGAAAUCUCAUCUGUGUUCACUGUAAAACAAGAGGAAAACAUAAUAGAGCAUUAUGCCCCAAGAUGUUCUCAUCACAUACUAACAUUAAACCAGUUAACACAUUACAUGUACAUGGAGAAGGUUCAACUGUUUUACAAACAGCAGUCAUUGAUGCUGUCGGAAGAAACAGAGUUAUUAAAAAAUGUCGUCUACUAUUAGACUGUGGAUCACAAAGAAGCUAUGUAACAAAGAAAGUUGCCAAGGAAUUAGAAUUGGCUGUGGAAGAAGAGGAUCAUCUCUUCGUGUUUACCUUUGGAUCAGACAAACCGAAAGAAAUAAAAAGCGACCUAGUUAGGAUAUGUUUAAAAACAAAGGAUGACAAAUUAAAAAUACUCUUUGCAAAUGUUGUACCGGUGAUUACACAAGGCGUUUCUUAUCCAAGAAAAGAAUUAUUAAAACAUGUUAACAGAUAUGAUCAAAAUAUCGUCUUGGCCGAUGACAAUUCUUUGUCCGAACGGGUAGACAUUUUAAUUGGGAAUGAUUACUAUUAUUCACUUAUGCGUACUGAGAAAAUAGAACUCGAAGAAAACUUGUAUCUUGUGGACUCUGUAUUCGGAUGGAUCCUCUCUGGCAAACCGAAUGAAGGAAAGAAUGAUGAGCUGACGGUUCUCACAUAUUUCCAAACUUCCUAUGGAAAUAAACUGAAUAAGCCCGAUCCACCUUUAGAUAUGGGUAGUGUUAAGAAUUUAUGGGAAUUGGAAUCUAUUGGAAUAACAGAUUCGCCAAAUUCUAAUAGGGAUGAAGAAGCUAUAAAAACAUUUAAUGAAACGACAGUGGUCGAAGAUAAUAGGUAUGUAGUAAGUUGGCCAUGGAAUGAAUAUCCUCCAGACUUACCUUCAAACUUCGGUUUAGCUUACGGUCGUUUGGUAAGUCUAUUGAAUAGAAUGGAUAAGGAAACAUUAGUGGUUUACGAACAAACACUAAAGGAUCAGGUAGAUAAAGGUGUGAUAGAAAUUGUCCCUAACAAUGUUGAAGUGGAUCAUCCAGUACAUUUUCUGGCCCAUCAUGGAAUUUCGGCACCCGGGAAAGCUCUUAGGAUCGUAUACGAUGCUUCUGCAAAAGUAAAAGACAAUAAAAGCUUAAAUGAAUGUCUAUAUAGAGGUCCAAUAAUGUUAGAAGAUCUAACAGGACUUUUAAUCAAAUUUAGAUGUCACAAGAUUGGAAUGACAGCAGAUGUCGAAAAGGCAUUUUUACAGGUGGGACUGCAUGACAAAGAUAGGGAUGUUACUCGAUUCCUGUGGAUUAAGGACAUAUCUAAACCAGCCACAAAGGAAAAUCUAAUAAUUUAUAGGUUCACACGAGUACCUUUUGGCAUAAUUUCUUCACCGUACUUACUGAAUGCGACGAUACGACAUCAUUUAAUGAAUUCCGAUUCAGAACACAUGAGAAAAUUAGCAAACGACAUCUAUGUUGACAAUUUGCUUACCGGAGCAAAUAACAUUCAGGAAGCUACACAAAUAUACGAGGAUUGUAAAUCAACAUUUAAGCAAAUCUCAAUGAACAUUCGUGAAUGGAAUUCAAACUGCAAGGAUCUGAAAAAUAUCAUCACCGACUGUAAUAAAGAUGAUACAGUAAAAACAUUAGGAUUAGACUGGAAUCUGAAUAAAGAUACACUGCAGAUGAAAGUAAAGCUCAAGAAUAAUGCAUUUACCAAAAGAGGAUUGUUGAAGACAAUAGCGUCAAUUUAUGACCCAUGCGGAUUUGCAGCACCCAUAGUCUUACCGGCAAAGCUGCUUUUACAAUCUUUGUGGAAAGAAAAUAAGAAAUGGGAUUCACCUGUGUCAAAUGAAGUAACGGAAAAAUGGGAAAUUAUCUUGAAAGAUCUUGACACAGUGAAAGAUAUAUGUCUACCAAGACUUAUGUCGAACAACAAAGAUUGUGAACUUCAUUGUUUCACAGACGCUUCAGUCGUGGCAUAUUCAGCAGUGGUUUAUUUAUUACAAGAAAACAAUUUAAAGUUUGUAAUUGGAAAAUCCAGACUAACUCCUAUAAAAGAUCAAGAAAACUUGAAAAUAGCACGAUUGGAAUUACUAGGAGUUGUCAUUGGAAAUAGAUUACUACAAUAUGUGGCGAAAUAUCUCCCAAUAAAGGUAACUAAGCAAGUGCUAUGGUGUGACAGUCAAAUCGUAUUAAGCUGGUACAAAUCGAAUAAGCUGUUAGUACCGUUUGUAGCACGAAGGAUAGAAGAAAUCAAACGUAAUAAAGAUUUGGAUAUGAGGUACAUUCCAUCUACAUUAAAUCCAGCGGAUGUGGCAACGAGGCCUCUCAAGUCAAAAGAAGAAUUAACCAAAUGGCUAAACGGUCCAGCAUUUUUGUUACAAGAUCCAACUACGUGGCCAAGUUCACCCGUAGUAGAGAAUACUCUUUUGACGCGGGAGGGUCUCUCGAAUCAUAACACACAAGCAUCUGAAGAGAAGAUUACAGAAUUAGCAAGUGAAAAGGAAAUAGUUACAUCAAAUAAAGAAGACAUAAUGACAGAAAUAUCAGAUAAAGAUCAUCUUGCACAAACGAAUAUAAAUAAUAAAAUAAAGUCAGAAGUACAAGAGAUAAUAAAAGUCCAAAAACAAUACUUCCCGGAGGAAAGUGGUGGCAAAAGAACACACCUCACUAGAAACUUAGGACUAUUUACCGACAUAGAUGGAGUACUUAGAUCUGAAGGACGUUUGACACAUUCAGACUUGUCAUAUGAAACAAAACAUCCAAUCUUAUUACCUAAAAAUUGUGAAUUUACCAAUAAGGUCAUAAAAAGAAUACAUGAAGAAAAUUAUCAUGUAGGAGUACCACAUACAUUAAGUAAAGUGAGACAACGGUUUUGGAUUCCACAAGGUAGAGCACAAGUUCAGAAAAUCAUAAAUAAAUGUCCACAAUGUGUAAAACACGGAGGAGGAGCUUACACUUUACCCAACACACCUGCUUUACCUCCAGAGAGAGUAAAAUAUGAGACACCUUUUACUUAUGUUGGAAUGGAUUACUUCGGACCUAUGGUAGUCAAAUCAGAUAAAAGUCAAGAAAAACGUUGGGUCUGUUUAUUCACUUGUUUAGUGGUACGUGCCAUUCACCUUGAGAUAGUAAAAGAUAUGUCUACGGAUGAAUGUUCUUUGGCGUUUCGAAGAUUUGUUGCAGCUAGAGGAACUCCUUCAAUAAUAGUGUCGGAUAAUGCACUUCAAUUUAAACUACUGUCGGAAGUAGUGACUGGAAUUAAUUCAUCAUCAAAAGGAGUACAAUGGAAAUUUAUUCCUCAAUUAGCACCCUGGCAUGGGGGAGUGUAUGAACGCUUAGUAGCGAUAGUGAAACAUUGUCUUAAGCGAACCCUUGAAAAACAUUUACUAGGAGACAAUCAGCUGUUAACAAUCAUCAAAGAAGUACAGGCCAUAGUAAAUACUAGACCUUUGACUUAUGUAGGAAAUGAUCAAGGACAUAUUUUAAAACCGGCGGAUUUUCUGACACCUGGAAGGUGUAUUAAUAUUGACAAUUUAGAAGAAAGGAUCUCAUCUUCAAGUACCUCUACUAAGCAACAACUGUUAGAAGGUUGGAAGAGAGGUGAAAUGAUUAUGAAUGAAUAUAAAGACAUGUUUAUAAAUCAAUACCUACUGAGUUUAAGAGAACGAUAUAAUCAUUCACCAAAACAAGCUAGAGUAAAAGCAAAAAUUGCGCCAUGCAUUGGUGACAUUGUACAGAUCAAAGGAGAAAGUAAAAACAGGGGAAAUUGGAAAGUGGGUCGUAUAACAGAGCUACUUAAAGGAAUAGACGGAUUAUGUAGAGUAGCAAAAGUAAAAGUGGGUGAGGCAAUAUUCACAAGGUCUAUUGCACAUUUGUAUCCCCUAGAAGCAGAAGAGUCUCUGUUAUCUGAAGACCUCAUGAAAGAUCAAUCGUGUAUCAAACAAUCGUUAAACUCACCAUAUGGUAGCAAUAACCUAGAUCAAGAAUUGUCAUUAAAAAUAAGAGAACCUAUGAUUUCAUCAGAGAAUGAAAUAGAUAGAGCUAUAAUUAACGAAAUGGAUGUAACGAAGCAUAAAGAAGUAAUGGACGAUACAGAGAGGCAUGAGGACAUAGAUAUGUUAAAUGAUGAUGAAAUAAUGGAUGGUUCAGAUGAGAUAAGCCACAUGGACAUCUCAGAUGAAAUGAUAGAAAGUUCAACAGAAGUAAACGAAGUGAUGGAAGACCAUGAGCAAAAGGAAAUACAGGAAGAGUCGAUGACUGGAAAGGGAAACCAUAAGAGGGCAGCGGCGGUUCAAGCAAUGAAAAGAAUAAAAGAUUGGACGCGCCACUUAAUGCUCACCUUAACUCAACAUUAAUUUUCCUCGACGGGUGUGUCGCGACAUAUCGCGAAUCACCUACUAUAAAAAACCUUCCUUCCGUUUCACACUGUCUAUGGCCCAGCUGUUCUACUAAUAUGGUCAUCACAAAGUACAAAGAGGAGCGCACAUGGAGAUUGCAGCCGUGGAAGUAAAAUUAUCAG